AUGAAAAGAAUCGGCUUGCUCAGUCCGGAAUCAGAAAGGAAAAGACACCAUGCCAGAAAGCCAUUGGAAGUCGUCAGUGAUGAUCAGUUGAACAGAGCAAUCACUGGGCUGGCAUCGCCGCCAGUGACCCCUGAAAAAGGAAAUGGAGUCCACGUGAGCCAAUCAGAAUUGGGAAAGGCCAAGAGACGUCUCGACUUUACUAUAGCUGAGGGGACUGUCGAGAGGAAUACAACUGGCUCGGUGUACUCCCUGGGAAAGUCGCUUUUCCUCAGGGGCUCUGAAUGUGACAAGAUGGACGAUCAAAAAACACUCGUUUCAAGGCAACAGGAGUGUGACCACCUUCAGAGCUUCAUCGAGACAAAUUUGGCAAAAAACAACUCGGCAUCCAUAUAUAUCAGUGGUCCUCCUGGGACGGGAAAAACUGCCCAGACCAUGUCGCUUUUGGAUUGGUACACAGAUAAUGCGAAAUCUCAAAGAGGGAGCAUCUACGACGUUCAGAUCGCUGGUAGAAUCUCGAGAGUCUCGGUGGUGAAGGUGAAUUGCAUGGCCGUGGCAAGACCAGAGGAUGUGUAUAGGAUCAUUCAUCGUGAAAUAUCGCAGUCUUCAAAGCGCCAGAAACUGGAUUCCGAGACUCUUAGCAAGGUGCUGGCAGACAAGUCUAUCUGUGACAUGAAUAUUGUCGUAUUGGACGAAUUGGACAAUUUGGUGAACAAAAACCAACAGGUUUUGUUUGAGCUUUUCACGUGGGCCUCAAAUCAUCAACAAGGAGGCCCUAAUCUCUUACUUAUUGGGAUUGCCAACGCCCUUGACCUGACUGAUAGGUUCUUACCUCGGUUGAAAAACAAUCAGAUCAAUCCUGAGGUUCUUGCAUUCAUGCCAUACACAGCUGAGCAAACUAAGGAGGUGAUAAUGAACAAGCUUCGCAUUCUCCAGAAAAUGACCGGUGGAGAUUUGGAUGCGAUUCCUUUGAUUCAGCCCGUUGCAAUCACCCUUUGCUCUAAAAAGGUAGCUUCCAACACGGGUGAUAUCAGGAAGGCAUUGGAUAUAAUCCACAGAUCGCUGGAUGUGAUCGAGGAAACCACCAGAUCGAAGGUGACGCAGUCAGAGUUUGAUUCUCUCACUCUGGAGUCUGCCCCCAAGGUCAAUAUUGGACUCGUUGCCAAGGUGUGCAAUUCGAUCUUCGGAGUAAACGUGGGAUCCACAAAGCUGAGCGGCUACAAUUUGCAGCACAAACUGGUUUUGUGUGCUCUGGCUAAUUACGAAUCGCAUCUUCUUGAAUCCAAGGGCAAAAUUACCACCGUUACAGGUAGCGGUGGAUCUCCAAGAAGGAAAAGACUGUCCUCCACUGUGAAUGGACUAUACGAGUUCUACACCAAACAUGUUAACACAGAUAAACUAAUGGGCACAUUGAAAAGGGGUGAGUUCAUUGAGAUUCUGAAUUCUUUGGAAUCAUCUGGUUCAGUAACCAUCGGCUCUGGCACACAAACUCUUGACUAUGGUCAAAGUCCAGUGUCAUGCUCCAUAUCAAGAAAAGAGCUCUUGGAGGCCGUUUCCGAUAACGCCCUUCUGCAAAAAGUCAUUACGAAAGACUAA